AGUACAUAGCAGACCAAGAUAUUGUAACUUUGUAAGGGAAAAAUAUCUCCUCUAAUUGACCUUGAUUCGUGAUCCAUUUAUUAUAAAUAAGAUGUUUGACAAGGUUUCUGAUAAACUACCAACCUCCUAACUCCUAAACAGUACCAGACUCCCCACCCAGACGGACGACGAACCCCCAAAUACAAGAUCGCCAAAAUGUCUGUAGUACUGUUCUUUCUUCUCAUCUUCUCCAUUGAUGGAGCUGAAGCCCAAACCAAAGUUACUGGUAUCGGUAUACUCAUUGAUUCUAAUACCCGUAUUGGGAAAGAAGAGAGUAGCCAUGGAAAUUGCAGCUCAAAACUACAACAACCAUUCAAACACUCACAAAGUCACUCUUCAUGUAUUGGACUCCCUUAGAGUCACUAACUCUGCCUCGGAGAAGAUGAUUAGGAAGAAAAGGAUAAAAGUGAUGAUUGGCAUGCACACGUGGUCAGAAGCAGCUCUUGUAGCCGAUGUUGCGCGGCAAGCUCGUGUUCCGAUCAUUUCGUUCGCUGCACCAGCCAUCAACCCACCUCUAAUGCUAGUUCGUUGGCCUUUCUUGAUACAAAUGGCUAAAAAUGGUUCUCAACAGAUCAAAUGCAUUGCAGAUAUUGUUCGUGCGUACAAUGGGCGAAGGGUCAUUGCAAUUUCUGAAGAUGGAGCUUAUGGCACUGACAAUGGCAUGUUUGCACUUUUGUCCGGUGCUCUACAAACUGUUGGUUCGGAGAUUGAGUACCAUUCGGUUCUCCCACCAAUUUCUUCUGUGUCUGAUCCGGAAAGGGUUGUCCAAGAAGAGCUUAUUAUGCUAAUGAAAAAAAAAUCUCGUGUUUUUGUCGUCCUUCAUUCAUCACUAGAGAUGGCAACUUAUUUGUUCAGGGAAGCUAAGCAGAUGGGACUAGUUGGGAGAGACUCGAUUUGGAUCAUUUCAGACAGCAUUAUGAGUCUGCUGGACUCUGUCAACAACUCCGUUAUUUCAUCUAUGGAAGGCGCGUUGGGAAUCAAGACGUACGACUCCGAGAAUGUUGGCAAUUCUGAGUAUCAAGAUUUUUAUGCCCAGUUCCGGAAAAUAUUCAGAACUGAAUAUCCAGAGGAAGAUAACUCCGGCCCUGGAAUCUAUGCUCUACGAGCAUAUGAUAGCAUUAGGCUUGUCACAAAAGCGAUAGAGAGAAUGGCUAAUAACACAAGAAGUAGUCCAAAGAUGUUGUUAGACAAUAUGUUAUCAAGCAAUUUCUCUGGUCUAAGUGGCAGAAUACAUUUUGAAGCAGGGCAACUCUCUGAAAGCCCUGUAUUUCGGAUUGUAAGCGUGGUUGGGAAGAGAUACAAAGAAAUAGACCACUGGACACCAGAUUUCGGCUUCUCGAUUAGCACUUUUGUUGAUAAAUGUGAAGAGAAAAUUUUCCAUGGUAGCUUUUUUUAUACGGCAAAGUCUUUGUUCAUUGCUGAACGGAAUCAAACAGGUUGGGAAAUGCCUACUGAUUCAAAGCCAUUGAAAAUCAGAGUUCCAGAUGGAACAACGUUUGAGACAUUUGUGAAGGUUAAGUACGGGGAAAAACCGAAUGAAAACAAAUAUGAUGGCUUUUGCAUUCAUGUUUUCAACAAGGCGCGAGACCUAUUAGAAUAUCAUCUACCUUAUGAAUUUGAGUCGUCUAGGGGCACGGGCACGGGCACGAACACCUACGAUGAUAUGCUUCAUCUUGUUCAUAAUAAGACUUAUGAUGCUGCCGUUGGCGACUUCACCAUACUAUCUGACAGACUGCAGUACGUUGAUUUUACUGUUCCAUAUACUGAGUCAAGUUUGGUAAUGGUAGUUCCAGCAAAAUCUGAGAGGUUAGAAUUUAUGUUUAUAGAGCCUUUCACGUCGGGAUUGUGGGUAGUCACUGGUGCCAUUUUGAUGUACACAAUGUUCACAGUUUGGUUCCUGGAGCACCAAUCCAAUCCAGAAUUUAGUGGCCCAUGGAAGAAUCAAAUCAGUACUGCACUUUGGUUUACCUUCUCUUCUCUGUUCUUUGCUCAUAGGGAGAAAAUCAACAGAAACGACACACGUUUGGUGAUUCUGGUGUGGCUCUUUGUAGUGAUGAUCCUAACCUCGAGCUACACUGCCAGUUUCUCUUCAAUGCUCACCGUGCAACAACUACAGCCAAAUGUUGCAGACAUUGAGUGGUUGAAGAAUCACAACUUGAAAGUCGGUUGUCAGGAUAGGUUUAUACGCGAAUAUGUGAAGAAUGUGCUGAACUUCAAGUCAGAGAAUAUCGUGAACGUAAGCCAUGAUUAUAUAUACCUUAAGGAAUUCAAGAGCAAAAAUAUAGCUGCGGCCUUUCUCGAACUCCCUUAUGCGAAAGUCUUCCUCAAUAAGUACUGCAACGAAUUCACCGGCACCAUGGCUAGCAACAAAUAUGGAGGAUUCGGCUUUGCUUUCCAGAAAGGGUCGCCAAUUGCUAUGGAUUUUUCGAAAGCCAUUCUACAGUUAUCGGAGAAUGGAGAUUUGAAGUCACUGGAAGAUGAAUGGCUGACUCCCUCACAUGAGUGCUUAACCAACAUAACUUCCAACAGACCUAAUAGCUUGAGCAUCAAGAGCUUUGGGUUCCUGUAUUUAUUAUCCUUUUUCACUUCUACCAUUUGUCUUCUACUUUCAUUAAUUCGUUGGGGAGAUCCAACGAAUCAGGGAAGCCCUCCAACUCCGGCAGACAUAUCGUCCACAAAUGAAGGCAUAUCAGAUGCCAAUGAAUCCCCUUCGAGGUUGGACUUCAUCAGCAAUUCCAACAGUCCAGAGAACCAUCCUCCCUCGCCUGCUAGCAUAAACUGAAAAGCUGGUUACUCCAAAUUAUUUCAAGAAGAAUAAUCAAUAUAUACUUAGUAUAUCUCAGAAUAUCUGUGAAUACAAGCACCACGCAAGCGUAUAUACUAUGCUUAUAUCUAGGCAUUACCCAACAUAUUUUGUAUAAAAAUAUCUUCUGAAAUACUAGUGAUAGACUGCUGUUUGGCUGAUCCUGGAAAUGAUCCUGCAAGCCUUUGUCUGGUUUACCUGCAAUAUUGAAAACAAUCAAUGUUUUAUGUUUAUAUAAAUCUUCAUAUAAUUCUGUGGUUCCGUCAAUUUUCAUA